AUGUCUAAUCAAUUUCACUCUCAUUAUAUCACCACCAAAAGUGGUGACACACAGGUCUCCAACUGUUUUGUGGACUGUGUUCAGCAUCCAGUGUCUGCAGCAAAUGGCAGAUGUGAGAAAAAAGGAUCAAGAUUUGAAAUGUCCUCUGUAAUACUAUGCUAUGUUUUAAACAAUUUUAAACAAUUGUACUUACUAGCAGUGUUUAGUAGAUUGUACAAGAUUACAAGACUUCACAGGUGCACCACACCAGAGGUGUUCCACUUCACAGGUGCACCACACCAGAGGUGUUGCACUUCACAGGUGCAACACACCAGAGGUGUUCCACUUCACUGGUGCACCACACCAGAUGUGUUCCACUUCACAGUUGCACCACACCGUAUGUGUUCCACUUCACAGGUGCACCACACCAGAUGUGUUCCACUUCACAGGUGCACCACACCAGAUGUGUUCCACUUCACAGGUGCACCACACCAGAUGUGUUUCACUUCACAGGUGCACCACAUCAUAGGUGUUCCACUUCACAGGUGUACCACUUCACAGGUGCACCACGCCAGAUGUGUUCCACUUCACAGGUGCACCACACCAGAGGUGUUCCACAGGUGUUCCACAGGUGUUCCACAGGUGCACCACACCAGAGGUGUUCCACUUCACAUGCGCACCACACCAGAGGUGUUCGACUUCACAGCUCCAACACCUGGUUUUUAUAUACACGUGGCCAAAGACAAUUCAGCAAUAUCGACCAACCCGAAAGAGCCUCUUGCAAUUGCUGUUUGCGAGGUCUGUCGAAAGACAUUUGCAAGCAAAGGGAAUCUACUGAGACAUAUGUUGAUUCAUACUGGAGAGAAGCCAUUUAAAUGUGACCUUUGUAGUAAAAGCUUCAAUCAGAAAGUUACAUUAGAGUCACACGGGGCGUGCAAAAAUGAUGCAGUUUACAAUGGAACAAACUGUAUAUGUGGUAAAAGCUCGUACGGUGAUUUUUGUCAACACUACAUUUAUGAUUGUUCGCACGGAGAAUCUAUGUUUAAUUUCGUAAGUGCAGACAAUGGGGUGUUUACAAUACAACCAGAGGACUGUCCCUAUUCAUUUGACGUUCAUUGUUCAUUUGGCUGGGGAGGAAAUACUCAGCUUAUGUUACGACAUCCAAAUUGUUUUGACGUUGACUUUAACCGGCCAUGGGCAGAUUAUCGUGAUGGUUUUGGGGACAUGAGCAUUGUACCUGGCAAUAAUACGGCUGACUGCACGUACUGGAUAGGUUUGGAAAAGAUGUACUAUUUAACUAACCAAGCUUCAAUUACCCAAAAUAAUGUGAAAACGAGGCUUCAAAUGGUGUUCCAGAAUCAAGCGCAGCUAGAUGGGGGAUCACCAGGGUGGCCUAGAUAUAUUUCUUUCUUCGAUAAUUUCAAAGUUGAAAGCGAGGAAUAUCUAUUCAGGGGUCAUUUCGGCACAUACCAGACAUACGGGAGUCCAGCGGGUGGAAACUCUAUACAUCCGAAUGGUGAACCAAAUUUUGAUCUCAACAUGGCUUACUUUUCAACUUACGACAAUGAUAACGACAACGAUGCCGGAAAUUGUGCUGAAGACUUCAAAUCUGGUUGGUGGUUCAAUGCGUGCGCAGCAUGUAAUUGGCUUGGAAUAUAUGCCCCCACUGCUGAUGGAGUCAGAAAUUCGUCCAUACCAAGCACGUGGUGGAAAUAUGACGUUGAUACUGAGUCCAUAACUUGGCAAUUAAUGGAUGUUGUAAUAUUUCGAUGACAUUGUCCAUUCACAGCUGUUUGUCGGAG